AUGAGCCUCAACAUCGCCCUGCCUUCCCCUUCCGGGAUCGUAUUCGUUGCGAACAGCGCCUUCUCUCUCGAGCAUUUCCAGUGCAUUGAGGGCCGUUCCGCGCCUCGCGGAUUCUAUCCCGCCGCCGUUUCUUCCGCGAAUCGCGGGAUUCGCUGUACGUCAGCGCCGGCCCUUUCCAAGGGAACUCGGUCGCUUCGUCUUCCUCGCCGCGCUUCACGGCGGAGAGCUCUGAGCGGCGGCGGCGGCGGCGCCUUGCAUAUUGCGAACGCCGCUCUGCGGCGCGAGCCCGGAGCUACCAACAACAACGGGGAUGGGAACGAGCAUCCGGAUGGCCACGCAAAAGUCGCCUCGCCCCACAUGGGGCGGGCAGAGGAGCGUGAUAAGUCUUUCAGAGGGGCUGACGAGAACCGCACCGAGUAUAACCGCACGAUCAACGCUAGGACCGGAGGGCGAGUGCUCACCCCCCAGGAGCACUGGCAGCGGUACCGCCCACAGCUGGCGACGCGCUACGGGCACUGGCGAUUCUGGUUACCAGCGCAGGGGCGAGAGGCGAAGCUGUCGCUGGAGCUGCUGCGCGAAAUCACCCCCGUGGAGGUGGAGAGCGGUGCAGAUGAGUACGUGCUGCGGCAGGAGCAGUUCAACCGGCAGGGCGAUUUCCCAGCCAAGGUGGCAGAGGGCGCGUGGCCCUUCUCCUGUGAAGCAGCCGGGCGACUACUGUUGCUCUUCAUCCCUCUGCGCCACCUCACCACUGACCACCUCUCUUAUUUUGCUCUCCAUCCCCCCACACAGCACGAGCAGUUCAACCGGCGGGGGGACUUUCCAUCCAAGGUGGCGGAGGCGCAUGGCCCUUCUCCUGUGUUGCAACCUGGCGACUUCCCUUCCCCUCACCCCUCUCUCUCCAUCCCUCCGCACAGCACGAGCAGUUCAACCGACAAGGCGAUUUCCCAGCCAAGCAUGGGAGGGGGGACAGCAUGGGAGGGGGGACAGCAUGGGAGGGGGGACAGCAUGGGAGGGGGGACAGCAUGGGAGGGGGGACAGCAUGGGAGGGGGGACAGCAUGGGAGGGGGGACAGCAUGGGAGGGGGGACAGCAUGGGAGGGGGGACAGCAUGGGAGGGGGGACAGCGAGGCGUGCAGUGCUUCUCACGGCCAACGUGUGCUUCAUGGACGGCCCCGGAGCACAGCUCAACGUGGCCUUCUCGGAAGCUUCCUUGUCUCUGAGGCAAGAUGACACUGUGCUACCAACGGGCAGCCGCAACAACGAUCACACUGCUCGCAGAUACCAAGCUACGGACGGAAGCACAAACCCUUCCGGCCAAUCCCUGCAUGGCACGUGGGUCAGCCCUCACUGGAAGACCCCUCUUCCAACCCACCUGCCGGCCUCCCUCCCCCCUCUCCCUCCCAAGCCCCUCUAUGGAGUGCCUCACUACAUCUACACUGACCUCUAUGCUACACCUCUUCCUGAGCAUCCGAACAAGAGGCUGGAAACCCAGAACAUGGAGGUAUUUUCAGGGUACUUGGCAGGGAUACCCGAGGCCCAGCAAACCAAGUACGGUGUGUGGGCUCUGCCUAGGGGCGUGGUGGUAGCUAUGCCGUCCCCCUUAGAGCCAAUGCUCAGCCGCGAGGGCGGAGGAGAAGGGGAGGAGUUUUGGCUGGUUGUGACGUAUGUGAGGGGGGGAGGGGAAGGGGUGCAGGGUGGUAGUGAUGGGGUUAGUGAGGAUCGAGGAGGGGUGGAGUUGGGUGGAGGUGAAGGGGAGGAGGGAGGUGGGAUUGAGGAUACAGGGUACAUGGCGGAUGGAGAGUGGAAGGUGCAGCAGGUGAUGGUAGCAUAUGAUGCACUGGGCCGCUUUGAGUAUGUGAAGCACACUAGGUUUAUGUGA